UUAACCUAUAAUCAAUAUUAUUCAAGUAUUGCAUCACGUGACUACAUGUCUAGAAAAUUGUUUCAUUUAUAGUUUUUACAAUUAUAAGCUACUUAAAAUUAUUCUUGUAUUGUUUCAAAUGACAUUUAACAAAUUUUUAUAUCACUAUAGAAGUAUAAUGUACCGAAUAUAUAUAGUAUCGAACUACUAAAUACAAAACUAAUUUGUGUACAGCGUUAUAGUUUAUUAUACGUAUUCAGUAUUCGUAAUAUAUUUUUAUAAUUUAUUUAAGUAAUAUGACUGCGUUGCCUCAUAAGUUACGUAUACUUGCUAUCCAUGGAUAUGCUCAAUCAGAUGUUAUUUUCAAAGCGAAAUUGGGAUCUUUAAGAAAAGGAUUUAAAAAUCAAGUAGAGUUUGUAUUCCUAAGGGGUCCACAUCAAGUUCCAAUGAAAAGUAACUUUGGUACUGACAAGACAGAAGAAGGUUAUGCAUGGUGGUUUAAUACAGAAGACCACAUAUUUAAAGCAGUUGUUCCAAGCAAUUUAUCUGUAGGUUUUGAUGAUAGUUUGACUUUAAUUGAGAAAACAUUCCAAGAAUCUGGCCCAUUUGAUGGUAUUCUAGGUUUUUCACAAGGAGCAACAUUUGUUACUAUACUUUGUUUUAUGCAACAGAAGAAAUUACUGCAAAUCAAAUUUGACUUUGCAAUUAUUAUAUCAGGAUUUAAAUCAUUAUGUGCAAAUCAUGCAAUAUACUACAAUGAAAAGAUAAAGAUACCUACUUUACAUAUUUAUGGGGAGAGUGAUCAAAUUAUUCCAGCAGAUAUGGCAAAAGAAGUUAGUGAAUUUUUUAUAAACAAGAAAAUAGUAACACACGAAGGUGGUCACUAUAUACCAAGUAAAAAAGAGAUUUUUAAAGAUUUUAUAACAGAAAUGUUUUCCAUUAAAAACAAAGAUAAUUAUUAAUGUAGAUUGCAAAAUAUAAUUCCUAUUGAGUGACA